GGCCACUUCCGCUUCCGCCGCGCUGGAUCCUGCCGUACGGUCAUGAGUCGUUUCAAGUUUGUGGAUAUUGGUAUCAACUUGACAGAUCCUAUGUUCAGAGGAGUUUAUAGAGGGGUUCAAAAGCAUCAAGAUGAUUUACAGGAUGUAAUAGAGAGAGCUAUCCAGAUUGGUGUUAAAAAGUUUAUAAUUACAGGUGGAAAUCUACAAGACAGUAAAGAAGCACUGCAUUUGGCACAAACAAAUGCUAUGUUUUUCAGUACAGUUGGAUGCCAUCCCACAAGAUGCAAUGAAUUUGAAAAGAAUAGCCCUGAUCACUACUUAGCAGAGUUGCUAAAUCUUGCUGAAAACAAUAAAGGGAAAGUUGUAGCAAUAGGGGAAUGUGGACUCGACUUUGAUCGACUACAGUUUUGUUCAAGAGAUACUCAGCUCAAAUAUUUUGAAAAACAGUUUGAACUGUCAGAACAAACAAAAUUACCAAUGUUUCUUCACUGUCGGAACUCGCAUGAUGCAUUUUUGGACAUAAUGAAAAGAAACAGAGAUCGGUGUGUAGGUGGAGUAGUACAUUCAUUUGAUGGUACCAAGGAAGCAGCAGCUGCUUUGAUUGAUUUGGAUCUGUACCUAGGAUUUAAUGGUUGCUCACUGAAAACUGAGGCUAAUUUGGAAGUUUUGAAGUCAAUACCUAGUGAAAAGAUAAUGAUUGAGACUGAUGCACCUUGGUGUGGAGUCAAAAGUACACAUGCUGGAUCAAAAUAUAUAAAAACUUCAUUUCCUACCAAAAAAAAGUGGGAAAAAGGGCACUGUUUGAAAGACAGAAAUGAACCCUGCCAUAUAAUGCAACCACAAAAUUCCAAGCCCACUUGGAAAAUGAAACCUAUAAAAGGUAAGACAGCUGAGAAACCAGAGCCUGGAGUACAGAAAAAGUGACGAACUCCAAAUGCAACACCCACCUAGCCACCUUCUUUCAGCAUGCAAUCAAGGAAGACGCUGCAUAUAACAAUGGAGGCAUUACACAAUCCACUGCAUUUAAAAGCAAGUGUUAGUUCCUCUAAAUGGUGACUUUGCCCAUGGACUUGAAACUUAACGCUGUGCCAACACAUCAGGUCAUUGUGAAAAGGACAGAAGGACACCAUCACCUGGAAGAUACAUAAACCCCUGCAUAAGAACCACCUGAUUCUCUGAUCAACCACUAAUAACCUCCCAAAGAGUUAACAGUUGGGCUUUUUAAUAGAAAAUGGACUUUUUGAGUAGGAUUAGAAACCUUUUCCAUGGAAGGUAAUAGGAAAUGGAAUUAACUCAACCACUCUAUGCCAUAUGUAAUCUUACUUCCUCUAUAUAGAAAAAUGAAAGUAUUUUUCCUGAGUCACUUAAGCGAAUCUAAACCAAGUCAAAACAAAACCAAAAUAACUGCAGUUCUGUUUUGGUUUUUUUUGUAUCAUUAAUCUACAAUUACAUGAGCAACAUUAUGGUUACUGCACUCCCCCCAUCAUCAAGUCCCCAACACAUACCCCAUUAGUCACUGUCCAUCAGUAUAGUAAGAUGCUAUAGAAUCACUACUUUGCAGUUCUGUUUUAUAUGCCACUUAAAAGGGAGAGUCAAGCAGGGACUGUAAAUUUUUUUUGUCAACUUGCUACGCACAAAGUAGUAAUCUUUAACUGCAAAUAUUCAUGUAUUUUGCUGUAAUUUAUACCAGUCCUUUUUACUCCAACAGCUUUUUUCCUUGAAGCUUUUUUUACACAGUAGUGAAGGAAUGAUUUGGGUUUUAAAAAUACUUCUGGAGAAAAAGUGCCAUUUUGCUUUAGGCAAAUGAACCGAAGGAAAAACAGGGAAGUAAGAUAUGACAAAUAAUGUAGUGAGACUACAACCUCAAAAGUUUGGAUGCAUCCCAGCAAGUAACAACUGAUCCUACUUUUCAUUAAAAUUAUACCCGCCAAGAUGUAAUAAUGACCAAACAUAUCAAAAAUAGUGUAAAACUUUUAAUUCCUACUUGUAGUCUGCCUGUACGUGGGAUUCUUAAAUUUUUCUUCUGUACUCAUGUUCCUAUGUAUGGAAUGUAAGAAGAAUCAACUCUCAUUUCACAGAAAAAGUCAACUUCCUAACUAACAAGUCUUUAAAGUAACAUCCCUCUUUUGGCCUUUAAGGAGUGCUGUCAAUAAUACCAGUUUCCUUGCGUCUUCCCAACCUGAGCCAUAAUAUUCUUGGUAUUUACCAUGCACACGGAAGAAAAUUAAGCCUAGGGAUAGAGCUGCUCAUGGGGAUGGUAUGAAUAACCCAAUAUCAGGAAUACACAUUACACAACAAAGCAUUUAACUCUUUUACGUGUAAAGUCCAUUCAUAUACUCAACCUUUGUACAAAUUUAUGACUAAAAAGUAGAAGGAAAUAAGACACAACACCCACAUCUAUCCAGGUACCUUAAAUACCUUUCAAACAUAAUCUGAAGCUGUGGAAAAACAUUUGAGGCCUGACAGAAUAAAGAUGCAACAGCAAAGAAAUAUUAUGACUCCCUUACUCCCAAAGGAGCCCAAGGCAAAUAAAAAAAUAGGACAAAGUAUCUAGAAAUGUUAACCUGUUGGUGUACUUAUUAAAUAUAGCACAAAAUUUUUUCUACUGUACUCUUAUUUUAGGUUUAAAAAGGGUAUUCUACCAUUUUCAAUAAGAUAAAAACCAAAAUUUUGCUUGUAAAGUCAAACCCAAAUGAAAAGCAAUUUUGCAUAAUUAAACACAUUUAUGCAUAAAUACACUCUUUUUUGCUUACCCAAAGGGGAUCUCAAUUAUAAUAAUGGAUUUUUUGCUACCUUUUAAAAAAAAAUUGUGUUUGUUACUUAUCAAGGAGGGAUCUUCCAAUCUAUUGACCAUUCAUGUUUCUUCCUCUGUUAAUUGCCAGUUUACCUUUUGCCUAUUUGUCUAUAGAGUUGUUUUCCUUAUUGAAUUGUAGACAUUUAAAAAAUAUUCUGACAAAUUCUUUGUCAGUUAGUUAUAAUCAAGUAUCCUCUCCAGGUGUGUGGCUGGUCUUUUCACUUUUUUAAUGCUGCCUUUUGAUUAACAGGUUUUUAACUUUAAUAUCACUGAAUUUUAUCAAUAUUUCAUAAUAUUUUUAAAUAGAUUUUUAAAGAACUUUUCCCUCUAAGGUUAAAAAAAUGUAUUAUCCUAUAUUUUCUUCUAAAAAUUCUUAAGUUCUACUUUCCACCUUGGACUGUUUUUAUUAAUCCACUUGGACUGUUUAUAUCUUGACGUGUGGUAAGGAUCCAAUGUAAUUUUUUCCAUAUGAAUAACUAAAAGACUUGUCUAUAUUUACCUCAGUGUACUUCAAUUCUACCCCUGAAACACAUUGAGUUUCUUUAUAUACUUUUUCUAUAUAUGGGUGGUUUUUUCUUUCCUUCUUUCCGUAUACAAGUGGUCUGUUUCUGGGCUUUCUAUUCUGUGCUAGUGGUCUAUGUGUCCAUCUCAGAGGUUCUCAACCAGGAUAGAAUUUUGCCAUUACCCCCUGCCCCCAACCCCCCAGGUCAUUUGACAAAAUCUAGAGACAUUUUUGGCAGUCAGAACUUGAGGGGAAGGAGGGUGCUACUGGUAUCUAAUGGAGACCGGGAUGCUGCUAAAAAUCCUACAAUUCACACAACAGCAACCCCACCCCCACCCGACAGAAC